UUUCUCAAUGUGAGGGAGUGGGGACGUGGCGCCGCGCGAAACGGCCCCUGAACAAGUCGUGGGGCGAAAUUAUUGGAUGAGAAACGGGGGUGACAAGGUCGCCCCACCUGCGGUCUGAGGGCCGCUGAAUUGUGGCCGUGAGACGCAACACCGAAUCCGAGGGACACACGCACACAAACCACACCAUUUGUUUGCAUGAUGCAGCUGCAAUUUUCAGUUCCUGUUUAAACUCUGUUGCGGCCGAAGAUACGGUAAUGAUGUUGUGAGGUGCCAAUCGCGGGUCUGCCCUUGUGGAAUUGUUUCCCCAGUGCCCUUGACAGUGGAUGGUGAAAGCGAUCAAAGCUCCCGUGGAUUUAGAGUUUUAUAGAAAGUGCUACAAAGGCUGGGCUGACAUUUUACAAAAUUCACAUAAUAAAAAUUUUCCAGUGUUUGUAAACAGAAGUGUUCCUAAAACAGAACCUGAUGGCGCUCCGCUACCAACUUCUAACCAGUCUGAGAAACUGCCCUUAACACCCAAGACGUGAUAUUAACGAAGGGCAGUUAGAGACCCAGGAAAUUUCAACAUUCGGGUCUCAUUUAAAUAAUGAAUACUUAGUAGAUUCCCAUGCAAAAUGAUGUUUAAACAAAAUGAAUAUCAGACUGAAUAUAAGACACCUGGGAACGCAAUACCAUGUAUUUUGUAGCAGUGCAAGUUGGUUAUCUUCAAGUCCUCGUACUGUUAGUGAAAGGAGAAGGUGGUGACAACUGAGAUGCCUCAGCUAACUGCAGCUGCUGUUUUGCAGAUUGGUUUAUUAAUAUCAGCACUUCCUCUACAGUAUAUUUUAUCUCGGUGGUCUGGCAGUGAUUCGACCCAACGCAUUCAGGCAUCAAGAAGGUUAAUCAAUAACUGGAACCGAUUCAAAAGAUCUUACUUGAAUUUACAAGCAUGGAAGGACUGGCUAAAAGAAUGGAGUUUAAAAGAGAGAUCUAUCCAGCAAGAAGAUCCUCCUGGAGAGUCCCCAGCUAUGGAAGUCUUUCGAUUGAAAGAGAAUCAAGGAUACUUUGCAGACUCACUGGAGCCUCGCUCUCCAAGGCCACCAGCUGUCAAAUACAGAGUAGGACAGGUCUUCAGACACAAGCAGGAUGGAUACUACGGUGCGAUUGUAGGCUGGGAUGAGAAAGCAAAAGCCCCUGAAGAAUGGCUUGACCAAAUAUAUCCUUCAAACAUGCAGAAUUUGAAAAAUACUCCCCAUUAUAAGGUUCUGGUUCACACAGUUGAUGGAAGAAAUUCAGAAACAGCCUAUAUUCCAGAGAGUGAUAUGAUCAUAGUAACUGGUGUACAGGUGUACCACCCUCUGUCAGUAUAUUAUUUCAGCAUGUUUGAUGGAGACCAGUACAUAAUGAUGCCAUGGCUAUUGCAAGUCUACCCUCAUGACUGAAUGAUGUUAAUUGCCAAAUGAUGCUCAAAUUAUAUUUUGCACCAGGAGAAUUAAUAUGAAGACUUUAAAUUCACGAAGGCCUUGAAUAUAUAAUGUAUUUAAAAUAUCAUGCCAAAAUUCUUUCAGGAAAGUUUAUAAAAUAUUACUACCACAGACUUGCAUUUAUUGAUAUUUCCUUUUGAAAUAUGAAAUAAUUGCAAGAUGAUUCGAUCACUAUAUCAAAAUAAAAUGUAUGUUUUCUACA